AUGCUUCGCUGGACACUGACAUUGGGAGCGUACAACUACGAGCUUCGUUACAGGAAGGGAGCUGACAUGGGCAACGCAGAUGCCUUGAGUCGACUGCCCCUACAUGUCCAGACUGAAGACCCUGAGGAUCCUAAUCCUCCCGAAGUCUUCCUAAUUGAAGAAGUGCCACAAUCGGAUAUUCAUGCAAGGAAUAUUGCUACAGAGACAGAAAAGGACUCGUUGCUGUCUCGGAUACAACAAUGGACUCUAGGCGGUUGGCCAAAGUCAGCACCCGGAGAGCAGGAUGCCAAGCAAUACUGGACACAUCGCUCAGAGAUAUCCAUACAGAGCGGAUGCCUACUUUGGGGCACGAGAGUAAUCAUCCCUCAGAGUCUUCGACGGGAGAUUCUCACGACUCUACAUUCAGGACUUGCUGGUAUCGUCCGUACAAAGACACUAGCAAGAAGCUUUGUAUGGUGGCCUGGUAUUGACGCAGAUAUUGAGGCCAUGGACGUGACCCAUCCGUGGAUACCAACACAAAAGCCAUGGACAAGACUUCACAUGGACUACGCGGGACCCUUCCAGGGCCAGACCUUCCUUGUCCUGGUGGACGCCUUUUCAAGAUGGCCGGAGGUGGUACGAGUCACAUCCAUGAGCGCAGCAGAACUAGUCAGACAUUUGCGAAGGAUCUUCUCGACUCACGGAUUACCGAACAUUGUCGUAUCCGACAAUGGGACUUCAUUCACUGCAUUAGAGACCGCAAACUUCCUGAGAAGGAAUGGCAUCAAACACAUCUUCUCUCCACCAUAUCAUCCGCAGUCGAACGGCAUGGCCGAACGAAUGGUGCAGACAGUGAAGAAUAAGCUUCGCCAGCUACGGCGCGACAAUCUUGAAUGUCGUUUGUCACGAUUGUUGUUUACACUGCGGGCGACGCCAUCGGCGACCACUGGGAAGACUCCAUCGGGACUAUUCAUGAAUCGACGAUUGAAGACACUAAUUCAUCAGGUUCAGUCGGUUACCAAUGCCACGAAAGAGCAGCGGUGCAAGGAGGACACUCCGAAGUUUCAAGUGGGAGAUGAAGUCUUCGUGCGAGACUACACUGGAGGCAAUAAGUGGAUACCUGCGACAGUAAUGCGUACCCAGGGUGCCUGUAUCCAUGAGCUGAGACGUAGUGACGGUGGCCUUCAACGAGUUCACAUCAACCAAAUACGAAAACGAUGCACGCAACGGACCGAGAGCGAUAGGUCUGAUGGCGACUGGUUGUGGUCACCGACUUCACCAUUAGAACAAGAGAUCGACAGUACGUUCAGGGACUGUGGUGACAGCCCUUCGUCUCCUGUGUGCCGACCAAAGAGAACUCUGCGUAAGCCAGACUUCUACGGUGUAGGUGUCUCCGGCUAG